AUGGGGAGGUUGAAGGGCCUCGUUGACUCUUCUGGGGGAGGUCCACCACCCCAUGGGGAGCAGGUCACCCCACACUGGCUCCUGGGGGGCCGUACCCGACGAGCUGUCAGCCUGGAUGAAAAGGUACCGGCGCCUGCCAGGGCGAAAGUGGCCGUGAUGGCCGAGGGCAGGGAGCUCGUCCUGGUGCUGGAGAGGAACCAGCUGUUGGCACCAGGUUACACCGAGACCCACUACACCGCGGAUGGACGCCCCGUCACCCUCACCCCCAACCACACGGAGCACUGCUAUUACCAUGGGCACGUCCGGGGCUACGGCAGCUCCUGGGUUGUCCUCAGCACCUGCUCAGGAAUCAGGGGACUGAUAGUGCUGAGCAGCAACCUCAGCUACUACCUGAAGCCCCUGGAGACCCCUCGGGACCCAGGCCACCACCUCAUCCACCGAGCAGAGCAUUUGCCCAUCCAAGGUGGGACCUGUGGCCACGGUGACUUUGGCAGCACCAUUGGAGACAUCGCUCGGCUCUUCAGGCCCGUCCAUCGCCAGAUGAAACGAGAUGCCUGGAGGACCAUGAAGUACAUGGAGCUCUUCAUUGUUGCUGAUCACACACUGUACAGGAACCAGAACCUCAACCUGGGUCACACCAAGCAGCGCAUCGUGGAGAUCGCCAACUAUGUGGACAAGUUCUACAGGUCGCUGCACAUCAAGGUGGCCCUGAUUGGCCUGGAGGUGUGGACGGAGAGGGACCAGUGUGCUGUGACCAGUGAUGCCAACGCCACGCUCUGGUCCUUCCUGCAGUGGAAGAAGGCACUGAGGGCGCGCAGGAAACACGACAACGCCCAGCUGCUGACAGGGAAGACCUUCAGAGGGACAACCAUUGGCAUGGCCCCGCUGGAGGGGAUGUGUAGCCUGGAUAACUCUGGGGGCGUCAGCGUGGACCACUCGGAGCAGCCUGUUGGAGCAGCUGCCACCAGGGCCCACGAAAUUGGCCACAAUUUUGGCAUGAGCCACGACAGCAGUGGCUGUUGUGUGGAGGCCACCCCGGAGCAAGGAGGCUGUGUCAUGGCAGCAGCCACUGGACACCCCUUCCCCCGCGUGUUCAGCUCCUGCAGCAAGAGGCAGCUGGAGAACUACUUCCAGAAGGGAGGUGGCAUGUGUCUCUUCAACCUGCCCGACACCAAGGACCUGGUGGUGGGAAGGAAAUGUGGCAAUGGCUUUCUGGAGGAAGGAGAAGACUGCGACUGCGGGGAGGUGGAGGAGUGCACCAACCCGUGCUGCAAUGCCCACAACUGCACCCUGAAGGCAGGGGCUCAGUGUGCCCAUGGUGACUGCUGCCAGAACUGCAAGCUGAAGGUGGCUGGGACCAUCUGCAGGGAAGCAGCAGGAUCCUGUGACCUCCCUGAGUACUGCACGGGUGCCUCAGCCUACUGCCCUGCCAAUGUCUACCUGCUGGAUGGCUCAUCCUGUGCCUAUGGAGAGGCUUACUGCAAUGAUGGGAUGUGCAUGACCCACCACCAGCAGUGUGUCCAGCUCUGGGGACCAGGUGCCUGGCCAGCCCCAGAUGCCUGUUUCCAGGACGUGAACAUGGCUGGCAACACCUACGGCAACUGCGGCAAGGACAGCCAAGGGCGCUACGUGAAGUGUGACAAGAGGGAUGCAAUGUGUGGCAAGAUCCAGUGCCAGAGCUCAGCCAAGAAGCCCCAGGGGACCAACACUGUCUCCAUUGACACCACCAUCCGCUUCAACGGGCGGGAGGUGAAGUGCCGGGGCACCUACAUGUACACUGCCAAGGAUGAUGAAGAUGACCUCUCUGACCCUGGGCUGGUGAUGACAGGGACAAAAUGUGGAGAUGGGAUGGUUUGCAAAGACCGACGGUGCCAAAAUGCCUCCCUUUUUGAGCUGGAAAAGUGUGUUUCCCAGUGCAACGGCCAUGGGGUCUGCAACAGCAACAAGAACUGCCACUGUGAUGCUGGCUGGGCUCCCCCAUACUGUGAGAAGCCAGGCCUGGGUGGCAGCGUGGACAGCGGCCCCGUGCAGCGCGACAAUCAUGAAGCCAUUGUCAUGACCCUCCUGCUCAUCUUCCUGCUCUUCCUCCCGGCCCUGAUGAUGAGCACCUACUGUUGGUACCGGCGGGAGAACUCGCUCCUGAAUAAAUGGAUAAAGGAGAUGAGGAGGAGGAGCCAGGAGGCAUAUAGGAGCAAAACCAUCAGUCGGAAAUCGACCAGUGGCCAUCCCAAAGCUGCUUUCACCCUGAGGAACAUGUCCACCUCCAGCCACACAAAUAAAGCCCCUCGAGCUGCGUUUCCCCCCAAGCCCAGUGCUCACCCUCCUGGCUCCCAGCCUGUCAACGUUGUCCACCCUCUUCGCCCGGCUCCCCACUCCAUCCCCCCUCGCCCAAGAGAGCCCAAACCAGCCAGGCCACCUCCACCAGUCAGCAAAUCACCCAGGGUCCCCACCAAAACUCUGGUCUCCCAGGCUAAGCUGCCACCUCCGAGGAAGCCUCUUCCCUGCAGCCCUGUGAGGACCCCCCUGGUUGUCCCAAAGCAUCAGCCUCCCCGUCGUCCACUGCCUGGAACUCCUCUUCUGGCCAAAGAGGUGCCUCCUGCACAUGGACAGACCCUGCUGGUCAUGGUCCCUCCUACCAACUUCAAGGCAUCGGGUACCAGUGCCAUGAGCCACCCCAGGAGGCCGUUGAAACCCAUGCCACCUCAAAGGCCAGUCCCAGCCAUCAAAGUCCAAUCAACCUCAUUCCCCUUGAAGAAGUGA